AGGUGGAUAGAAAAAGCAACCUGAAAAAGGAAGAAAGAAAAAGAUCUUUUAAAGGCCACAAAAUGUUUAUGUGGCUCAAAUUCAUCUUCACUUCUGAUGUGGCACUUCAAACCUUUCUCAACGGAUCAACACUUUCUCACUCUUUCACAACGUGUCACUUUUCUUUUCUCUCUCUCUACAACAACCUUUUACAACAUCUUUUUUUCUCUUUCUACUACAACAACAGAAAAAGUUUUCAUCUGUUUUUAGCAACAAAAAUGUUGGAAACAAAAGACUCUGCGAUCAAACUGUUUGGAAAAACAAUUCCAAUUUUGGAGGUUCGUGUUGGAGAUGUUGUUGUUGAGAGUAUUGAUGAUGAUCAUCAUCAUUUUUCUACAAACUCUUCAAAUGAGUCUCGGAAUAAUAAGGAUGAACAAGACCAAGAGAUUGAGAAGAACACAUUGGGAGAAAAACCAUCGGAUGAAAAGAAUGAAGAUGGAAUCCCUAUACAAUCAACAGAGGAAUUCACCAAUCCAGAUGCAGCCUCUAGAACUGAUGAAGAAUCUAUUACUGUAUCCACUGAAAGGAAGGCUGCUACAUUGAAAACCUCAAAGACCGAAGAAGAACAGGACGAGACGAGUAAUUCACAAGAUAAGAUCCUCAAAAAACCGGACAAAAUAGUUCCUUGUCCUCGCUGUAAUAGCAUGGACACGAAGUUCUGCUACUAUAAUAAUUACAAUGUCAACCAACCCCGUCAUUUCUGCAAGAACUGCCAGAGAUAUUGGACUGCCGGUGGAACCAUGAGAAACGUACCGGUAGGUGCCGGUCGUAGAAAAAACAAGAGCUCUUCUUCUCACUAUCGCCAGAUAACUGUCUCAGAAGCGACACUCCAGAAUUCUCGGAUACACCCUUCCGUGAAAUGCAACGGUACAAUCCUUACAUUUGGAUCUAAUUCACCUGUAUGUGAAUCAAUGGCAUCUGUUUUGAAACAUGCUGAUAAAACAAUGCAAAAUUACACAAGAAAUGGAUAUCAUAAACAUGAAGAACUAAGAAUUUGUGUUCCUCAUACCAGUGAAGAACAAGGCGAGGAUCAGUCAAAUAAAUCGUCAGUUACCUCCACAAAGUCGACGGAAGGUGCAACCACCAAUGUAUCUCAAGAACAAGCUAUGUGGAAUGACCAUAGCUUCCCACCACAAGGUGGCUACUUUCCUCAUGGAACUCCUUGGCAUUUACCAUGGAAUCCAGUGCAAAUGAGCUCACCGAUUCCACCUCCGGCCUUCUGUCCACCAGGAUUUUCCAUGCCAUUCUAUCCUGCAACAACUUAUUGGGGUUGUACCAUGCCAAGUGCAUGGAACAUUCCACGGCAAGCACAACCAUCAUCACCGAAUGGUGCAAACCAUGACUCUACUCCAAACUCUCCAACCUUAGGUAAACAUUCAAGGGAGGACAACAUGCUAAAAUCAAGUGAAGGAGAUGGUAAGAAAGAAAUAAGCGAAGAAAAGAGCUUGUGGUUUCCUAAAACUUUGAGGAUUGAUGACUCUGAGGAAGCAGAAAAAAGCUCUUUCUGGACAACACUUGGGAUUAAGAACAACAACGCCGACUCAGUUCCUCCGAGAAGACUCUUUCAGGCAUUCCCUUCAAAGUGUGACGAGAAAAAUCACUUGGUACAAGUGUCUUCAGUCUUGCAAGCCAAUCCAGCGGCAUUGUCUAGGUCGCUUCACUUUCACGAGACUUCGUAACCACUUAUAUAUUUUGGUAAUUGUGUUUUUGGUUGUGUCAAACUGAUUUGGCCGUGUUCAACCUUUUCACGAGAAAAUCACAAACUAUAAAGUCAGUUUUGUUCCGCAGUCUUGUUAAUUUGUUGCAGUUCUUGUUGAAUGCCAACCGAAUAGGAGAAAAAGAUUGGUUCUUACUGCAUUUUCAACAAGAACCACAUUAAUGGAGCAUUCUUGCGCCUGUUAGUUCAUGUAUAUAUAAGUUUAUAUGACAUAGUGAGACAUAGUGAGUUUGUUUUCCAAGACCUCUUAGAUGUAUAUAAAUAAGGAUAAGAAUAACAAUGAGGGGUUCAAUUUGUACUUUCCUGGCUUCUUUCUUUCAUAAUGCAACUUAUUUAGUUGAAACUUUAAUGGCUGGUUGUAGCAUCAGUGUUUAAUUUCUUAAUCUUAAAUAUGUACAGAGAUGAAAAUGUAAAUGCAUAGUUUUCUCUAUGGAA